GGUUGGAGGAAAAGGACAUACUUACAUCACGAAAAAAUAAUAUUAAAAGAACGCGAUUUAGAUUGUAAGUGCUUAGAGAUUUGUGAUAGUUUUCAUGUAGUGUAGUAGUUAUUUUAUCCUGUGUUGUAAAUCUUUUGAUAAUUGACAAUUACCUAGCCUAUUAAGUGGAUUAUGUGCGAGUUGUGGUCUUGAUGACGUACAGUGUUAAAGUGAUGGAGACCGAAUUUAGGAAGUUCAGGUCUCUUGUGAUACUAUUAGCGAUAGGAGUAACGGUUGUCGGCGCGGACACGCGAGGAACAACAGGCGAGGUAUCAUGUGCGGCUGGGAUGUUCCGCUGCCCGGAAGGCAAAUGUAUCCCGUCGCUGUGGGUUUGCAACUACCAGAAGGAUUGUGAAAAGGGCGAGGACGAAUUCCAAUCAUGCCCUCCACCAGAAUGCGAGGUGGGUCAGCUGACGUGCAGUCAAUAUAUGUUUAAUAAAACAUACUGCAUACCUCCUCAUUAUCGCUGUGAUAUGACCAUCGAUUGCGUCGAUGGCACCGAUGAAGCUGAUUGCGCGUAUCGCAAAUGUCAGACCGACGAUUUCCAUUGCGGUCCAGCGCCUUCAACUGCUGCGUCGACUUCGAUUCCAUCAACAAUGAUGGCGACGACAUCAUCCGAUCUCUGCAUACCUAAAGAGAAACGUUGUGAUGGUUAUUUAGAUUGCAGGAGCGGGAGGGACGAAGAAAAUUGUCCAGCAGGAAGCGGUCAACCUGGUGUAGUUAUGGGCGUAGCUUGUACUUUAGAACAAUUCAGGUGUUCUAAUGGUCAAAAAUGUGUUGAGUCAUCUGCUAAAUGUAAUCACAGGGACGACUGUGGCGAUGGAAGUGAUGAACAAGGAUGCAAUUUUCCACCCUGUCAUGCCGGUCAGUUCCGUUGCGCAGAUGCGCUCUGCAUACCUGCAUCAUUUCAUUGUGACGGAUAUCAUGACUGUUCCGACGGAUCUGAUGAAGCUAACUGCACUGGAUCGGCUGCUUGUCCUGGAGAUAAAUUUCUGUGUCCACAGAGUUCUCAGUCCGGCAGUAACUCAGCUCUGCAACCGAAAUGCAUCGCACGAACGCAGCUUUGUGAUGGCAAACGAGAUUGUGAAGAUGGAGCUGACGAGGAAGCUGCGUGCUCUACGGCAUCAUGUCCCGCACUGGGUUGCGAACACAAAUGCGCGGCGUCUUUGACUGGUGGGCGUUGCUAUUGUCCUGCUGGAAGGGCAUUGAAUAUAGCCGAUAAUCGCACAUGUUCAGAUUUGGAUGAAUGUUCUGAAUGGGGAAAAUGCGAUCAGCUUUGCGAAAAUACAGACGGAGGAUUCCGGUGCAGUUGUGCCCAUGGAUAUAUGUUAAGAAAUGGUGGAAGAUGUGCGGCUCCAGAUUCAGGUUCUAUGGAGUUGAUAUUUGCACACGAACGAGCAAUUUUGAGAAUGUCUCAUUUAGGACAGGACGCAGUCAGCAUAGCAAAUGCAACUGGUGCCAGUGGUUUAUCAUUUCACUACGAGCGCAAUAUGUUAUUCUGGUCGGACGUAAAAACGCGAAAAGUUCACGCGCAAACACUAAACGGUGCAUCAUUUGCGUCUUUUACGUCUGGUGAUAAAGAUAUUGCUAUUCCGGGAACAUGGUCACCUGUUGCCAUAGCAGUCGAUUGGGUUGGAGACAAAUUAUAUGUGGCUGACAGUGUUGGUCAAAAAGUUGAUGUUUUUGAAUUUGAUGGUCAUUGGCAUGCUGUCGUCCUUGGAUCAAACUUAACCAGUCCUGCAGACAUCGCUUUAGAUCCUACGUCUGGACUAAUGUUUGUUGCUGAUGGUGGGCACGUUCUAAGAGCUCAUAUGGAUGGUACGCAUGCUCGCAGCAUUGUUUCAGAAGCGGCUUACAAAGCUUCGGGUGUUGCUGUGGAUGUCAUAGCAAAGAGAGUGUUUUGGUGUGAUUCGUUAUUAGAUUAUAUUGAAACUGUAGAUUACGAUGGCAACAAGAGAGUUAUGGUAUUACGUGGUCAACCCGUUCCAAGUCCAUCUAGAUUAGCGCUAUUUGAGAAUCGAGUAUUUUGGACUGACGGUACAAAGCAAGGUGUUAUGUCCGUAAAUCGGUUUGAAGGCACGCCUAGCAUCCUAGCAAUUUAUAAAUCAAAAGAGGUUCGUGAUCCUAGGGCUGUUAUAGCAGUUCAUGCUUUGAGCCAACCGAAGGCAGCAUCUCCAUGUGGCAAUAAUAAUGGAGGUUGUCAACAAAUGUGUGUUGUAACCGCGAUAUCAUCAGAUCAAAGUUCACCUGCUCCGCUCGGAUUCAGAUGCGCAUGCCAUACUGGCUGGAAAUUAGCUUCAGACUUAAGAAAUUGUAAUCUCGUAACAGAAUUUCUCAUGUACUCUCAGCAACGUUUCAUCAAAGGCAAAGUUUUGGACCCUGUUAUCGAAGGAUUUAGCGAUGCAAUCCUACCAGUUGUAUCAAGGAGAGCUAGGUUUGUUGGUUUGGACUUCGAUGCAAGAGAUCACCAUAUUUAUUAUUCUGAUGUUCUUCAAGAUGUUAUAUAUAGAGUUUACCGCAACGGAACUGGUAGAGAAAUUGUGCUAGCUUCACAAAAUGAAGGAGUGGAAGGCUUAGCAGUUGAUUGGGCAUCUAAAAAUCUUUAUUAUAUAGACAGUCGUAAAGGAACUCUAAAUGUCUUAUCAACUAGAAAUGUUACACAUAGACGCACGUUACUACGAAAUUUGAAGCGCCCAAGAGCUAUUGUAGUUCAUCCUAAUCGAGGUUACAUAUUUUUCUCUGAAUGGGAUCGUCCAGCAAAUAUUUCAAGAGCCAAUAGUGAUGGCACAGGAUUGAUUGUGUUUAAAAAUGUGACAUUAGGCUGGCCUAAUGGUUUAUCAAUUGACUUCAAAGAAGAUCGUGUAUAUUGGUGUGAUGCUUUAUUAGACCAUGUGCAACAUUCGAAUUUGGAUGGUACUGAUGUUAAAACUGUGAACUCUAGAUUAAUCAGACAUCCAUUCUCUAUAGUCAUUCAUAAUGAAUGGAUGUAUAUAACGGACUGGAGGCUAGACGCUAUAGUGCGCUUACAUAAGUUAACUGGUGAGCAAGAAGAAACAAUGGUGAAAGAACCUCAAACUAAUCGUCUAUAUGGUGUUAAAGUCUAUAGUGAAGCAGUGCAAGUGGUUGAUCGUAAUCAACCUUGUUCUAUUGACAAUGGUGGCUGUGAUAAAAUUUGUUUUGCUGUACCAAGAAAUGACACAAAAGGAACAUUAAUGGCUCAGUGUGCAUGUCCCUAUGGUGAAAGAAUUUCAGAAGUCGAUGGAAGAACGUGUCAAGCUGAUCCGAAUGCAGAACCACCAGUACAAGCUUGUCCAAAUUCAUGGGACUUCACAUGUAAUAAUCAGCGUUGUAUACCUAAAUCUUGGGUUUGCGAUGGUGACAAUGAUUGUCUGGAUAAUAGUGAUGAGGAACAGAACUGUACUAAACCUACAUGCGGUGCUAACGAGUUUCAAUGCAAAUCCGGGCGAUGUGUACCCCUUACAUUUAAAUGUGAUGCUGAAAAUGAUUGCGGUGAUUUUUCGGAUGAAACUGGUUGCGUAAAUCUUACAUGCAGUUCUUCACAAUUUGCAUGUGAUAACGGACGUUGUAUCCCAAAUACUUGGAAAUGUGACAGUGAAAAUGAUUGUGGUGAUGGUUCCGAUGAAGGCGAUUUUUGCGCAGAAAAAACAUGUGCUUACUUCCAAUUUACAUGUCCUCGUACAGGGCAUUGUAUACCGCAAUCAUGGGUUUGUGACGGAGAUGACGAUUGUUUUGAUAAGCAAGAUGAAGUUGAUUGUCCCCCUAUAACAUGCUUACCGAGUCAAUUCAAAUGUUCUGAUUUGAGGCAAUGUGUUCAAGAAGCAUAUAAAUGUGAUGGCAUACCUGACUGUAACGAUGGCAGUGAUGAAUUAGGUUGCCCUUCAAUCGCACCUGAUAGGUGCAACGAUGAAAAACAAUUCCAAUGUCAAAGCUCAGGCAUAUGUAUUCCAAGAACUUGGCAUUGUGAUGGUACACCAGAUUGUGAUGAUCAUUCAGAUGAACCACCUUCGUGUGGGCAAGUUGAUUGCGCUCCUAACUUUUACAAAUGCAAUAACUCUCAAUGUGUUUUCAAAGCAUAUAUUUGUGAUGGAAAAGAUGACUGCGGAGAUGGUUCAGAUGAAAGUGCUGAGCACGCGUGUGUUCCUCCGCCAUUUAGAUGCCCAUCUGGGCAAUGGCAAUGUCCGGGAGUCACAAAUAGAUGUGUUAAUAUGACAUCUGUUUGUGAUGGUAAACAAGACUGUCCUAAUGGUUCAGAUGAAGGCCCGGGUUGUGACUUAGCGGAAUGUAUGCAUCAAGGCGGAUUAUGUUCAAAUGGAUGCAAACAAACACCAUUAGGGGCUAUGUGUUUAUGUCCACAUGGUGAAUCCCUGGGCAAUGAUUCAUUUACAUGUGAAGAUAUCAAUGAAUGCUGGCCACCUGGUAUUUGUUCUCAAACAUGCACAAAUGUAAAAUCUUCAUAUUAUUGUUCAUGUACUGAUGGCUACAUUCUAGAACCAGAUAAACAUUCUUGCAAAGCUGUGAAUCACUCUGCUGCUUUCCUAAUCAUUUCCAACAGACACUCUAUAUUAGUAGCCGAUCUUAAAGAACAAGGGUUGGAACGUGUUCCUAUUAUUGUAGAAAAUGUCGUAGCUACGGCGUCAAAUAUGCAUACUGGUACAAUCUUUUGGAGUGACAUGAAAUUAAAGAAAAUAUCUCGACUGGAUCGAGGUAGCGAACCACGAGAAGUAAUGUCAACUGGUCUAGACUUAGUGGAAGGACUCGCAUAUGAUUGGGUCGGUGGUAAUUUAUACUGGUUGGAUAGCAAAUUAAAUACAAUAGAAGUUUCUAAAGAAAAUGGUUCUAAUCGAAUUGUGCUUGUUAGAGAAAAUAUUACUCAGCCCCGCGGCAUGUGCUUGGAUCCUACACCAGGUACAAGAUGGUUGUUCUGGACAGAUUGGGGAGAAAAUCCUAGAAUUGAACGUGUGGGUAUGGAUGGCACAAUGAGAUCUACUAUAAUAAAUACCAAAAUAUAUUGGCCUAAUGGCUUAACGCUAGAUACUGCUAAUAAACGCGUGUACUUUGCCGAUUCUAAAUUAGACUUUAUUGAUUUUUGUAAUUACGAUGGUACUGGAAGGCAACAAGUUUUAUCGGGAAGUCAUUACUUGUUACAUCCGCAUUCCUUGUCCUUAUUUGAAGAUACGUUAUAUUGGACCGAUAGGCAAUUAAAUAGAGUUCUAUCAGCACACAAAUUUAAAGGUACAAAUCAAACAGUGGUUUCUCAUUUAAUAUCUCAACCAUUAUCUAUACAUGUUCAUCAUCCUUCGUUACAACCUAUGUCAGAUAAUCCAUGUAUCAAAGCCAGCUGCCAACAUAUAUGCUUAUUAAGUCCAUCUGAGGCAAAAGGAUAUGCAUGUAAGUGUAAACCUGGCUAUAAGCUUAUAUCUGAAGGUAAAUGUACAGAAGAAGACACUGCGUAUUUGAUGGUUAUGAAAGGAACUCAAAUCAUUGAUGUACCUUUAGUAAAUAGUGAUUCUAGAGCAGGUACAAUGUCUCCAGUUGUUGGUAUUGAAGGAGGAACCGGGUUAGACUUUGAUAGAAAAGGCGAGACGUUAUACUGGGUACAAGGAAAAGAAGAAGAUGAUGAAAAUUGUACCAUUUAUACAACACCUUAUGGAGGUGGAAAUAAAACAGAAUUUCUUGGAGUUAACACUGGUAUUAUAGGAGCUCCAUUUGCUAUUGCUUUUGACUGGCUUGGUAGAAAUCUGUUUAUUGCCAAUAAAAUUGCGGGCAAUUUAGAAGUUAUUAAAGUUGACGGUAAAGUAAAACAUAGAAAAGUAAUUCUGGCUAAUGACGGAAAUGCUACGUCUGUAGCUAAGCCGAGAGCUAUGUGUUUAGACCCAUCGCAAGGCAAACUUUACUGGAUAGAUGAGGGCGGUUUCGGUGUUCCUUCCAAAGUUGGCAAAGUCAAUAUGGACGGUACAAAUUCGAUUGUUUUAAUAAAAGAUGUAGAAAGACCUGAAACUAUAACUAUAGAUCUUGAAACUAAAAUGCUAUAUUUUAGCUCCCAGCAUCCCCCAGCCGUUAUAGAGAUGAACACUAACGGUGACGACCGGCGAACGUUGCUUUCUGAGAAAAAUGAUAUUGCAAGACCUAAGUCAUUAGCAGUUCUUGAUCGUAGGCUAUACUAUUUAGAUCCACUUCAUGAAAAAAUUGUGCGAGUGGAUUUACCAAAUGGUGAUCAUCCAAAAAUAAUAAUGGAAAAUGAAGCUGAUUUACGAUCACUUACAAUGUUUAAGAAAAGAUCUUUCAGUCAGCAUCCUUGUUUAGUAGAUAAUGGAGGUUGCGAACAAUUAUGUAUCCCAGCUGAAUCAAAUUCAAGAGUAUGCGCCUGUAGUAUGGGACACAAGAAGGAAAAUGAAGUAAGGUGUAAACCUUAUCGCACAUUCGCUGUCGUUGCACAAUUAGAUGUUGCUAGAGGAUAUAGUUUAGAAGAUAGUUCCGAAGCCAUGCUGCCUAUUUCUGGACCAGGACAUCAUAUUUUACAUGUUGAUAUUUUAUAUAAAGAAAAUUGGAUAUAUUGGGUAGAAUUCAAUAGGGGUCAGUGGAAUGGAAUAUUCAGAGUACGUCCUAAUGGUUCAGAAUUGCAACAAAUAAUAAAGGAUGGUAUAGGAAGUAAUGGAAUCAGAGGUUUAACGAUUGACUGGAUUGCUGGUAACAUGUAUUUCACAAACGUCUUUCCGCAUGAAAACUAUGUAGAAGUUUGUUGGUUAGAUGGAACUAAUCGAAAAUUACUAGUCAAAACGACAACCGAUGCGCCUAGAGAACUGGCUGUAAAUCCAUUAAAACGAGUGCUCUAUUGGAUUGAUUAUGGCCAAUACCCAAGAAUUGGAAAAGCUUUGUUAGACGGUUCUAAUUGGACUCCAUUGGUUACAUCAGGUAUAUCGAAUCCACGUGAUUUGACCAUUGACAUGUUAACGCACGAUGUAUAUUGGGUUGACUCCAAACUCGAUAUGAUUCAAAAGGUGUCAUAUAGUGGUGGCAAUAGACAAGUAAUUCGAAGAAAUUUACCAAAUCCAAUGGGUUUAGCAAUUCAUGUGGUUGAUGUUUAUUGGGUAGAUAGAAAUUUGCAAACUGUAUACAAAGCUUCUAAAUUGCCUGGAAAUACGACUUUACCGGAAAGAGUUAGAACUAAUUUAGAUAAAUUGCGAGACAUUUCAAUAUUUGACGCAUCAAACCAACCUUUGGAGGAAUUACAUCCAUGUUUGAAAUAUGGAGUUGGCGGUUGCGAACAACUUUGUUUUGCCAUGCCAAGAGAUCGUCAAGACCUUCCUGCUUUCAAAUGUGAAUGUGCAAGUGGAAAACUCGCUGCCGAUGGUAAAAAAUGUGAAACUGUGAACGAAUAUAUUGUGUUUUCAACAAGAACUGAAAUUAGAGGUGUUGCUCUGGACCCUAAAUCGAAUAGUGUGCCAUUCGCUCCACUUGGAAAUCUUACAAAUGUUGUUGGAUUAGAUUUUGAUUAUGCAGAUCAUAAACUAUUUUUCACGCAAAUUCGACCAUGGGCACGUAUUGGUUGGUUACCAAGCGAUAAUCCAUCUUCUUCAGAAAUGCAAACCAUUCUAAAUAAGGGUAUCAAUCCAGAAGGAAUUGCUUAUGAUUGGACACAGAAGAAAAUUUAUUGGACCGACAGUUCCAAUAAUUCAAUUUACGCAAUGAACACUGAUGGUUCAGAACUAGUCAUGAUAGCCAGAGUCGAGAGACCUCGUGCCAUAAUAUUAGAUCCCUGUAAUGGAUCACUGUACUAUACUGAUUGGGGAAGAUUUGGAACAUCAGGUAAAAUUUUCAGAACUACGAUGGCUGGAUCAUUGAAGAAAGCGAUUGUGGACACCGAUUUAUCUCAACCUAGUGGACUUGCCAUCGAUUACGAAGAACGCAUGUUGUACUGGACUGAUGCGGUCCGCGAAAAAAUUGAAAGAUCAGACUUAAAUGGCGGAAAUCGAGAAGUGUUAAUUUCUGCUACAAUUUAUCCAUUUGCAAUAACGGUAUUCCGCGAACACAUAUACUGGACCGAUUUGCAAUUGAAAGGUGUCUAUCGAGCAGAAAAGCAUACUGGAGCCAAUAUGAUCGACAUUGUUAAACGCUUGGAUGAUUCUCCUAGGGAUAUACAUAUUUACUCUCUCACUAGACAGGUGUGUCAGGUAAAUCCAUGCAAUAUCAAUAAUGGUGGUUGCGCCCAAAGCUGCCACCCUGGCAUGAAUGGUACCGCCGAAUGUAAAUGCGAUGAGAAUUCUAAAUUGGUUAAUGAAGGAAGAAUGUGCGUUGCUAAAAACCUCACAUGUGAUUCCAGUAAAUUUUAUUGCAAGAAUGGAAAGUGUAUAUCAAGGAUGUGGUCUUGCGAUGGCGAUGAUGAUUGUGGUGACAACAGUGAUGAAGAUCAAAAUUAUUGCACAUUCCACUCAUGCUCUCCGAACGAGUUCCGUUGUGCAAAUGGUCGCUGCAUAUUUAAGUCCUGGAAAUGUGAUCACGAAAACGAUUGCAAAGAUGGAUCUGACGAGGUCGGUUGCACAUAUCCUCCAUGUGCUGAUGGCGAGUUCACUUGCGCGAACUCACGAUGCAUUCCGAUGUCACAGGUCUGCAAUGGAGUAAAUGACUGUAAAGACAACGUAACCUCUGAUGAAACUCAUGAACGGUGCCCACAAAAUACUACUUGCGCAGCUAAUCACUUAAAAUGUAAAAAUACCAAUAUUUGUGUCGAACCCUACUGGUUGUGCGAUGGAGACAAUGAUUGUGGAGAUAACAGCGAUGAAGAUCCUUUACACUGCGCGCAAAGAACGUGUCCUCAGAAUAGUUUUAGAUGUCCGAACCAUAGAUGCAUUCCUGCAACAUGGUAUUGUGACGGCGAUGACGAUUGUGGAGAUGGAUCUGAUGAACCACCAGAGUAUUGCAAGAGUGAAGGAAGAACUUGCUUCGGUGAUUUAUUCACAUGCGAUAAUGGAAACUGCAUACCUCGAAUUUAUAUCUGUGAUGGAGAUAAUGAUUGUUUGGAUAACAGUGAUGAAGAUGAUCGUCAUCAAUGUAAUGACAGAAAAUGUGACGAUGAAACAGAAUUUACUUGUACAGAAAAUAAAGCCUGGGGACGAGCGCAAUGUAUACCACGAAAAUGGCUCUGCGAUGGUGAUCCUGAUUGUGUCGAUGGAGCCGAUGAAAAUACAACUACUCAUCAUUGUCCUAGUCCACAGCCUUGCGGGGAAGAACAGUUUGCUUGCGAAAAUGGCAGAUGUAUCAAUAAAGGUUGGUUAUGCGAUCACGAUAAUGAUUGUGGUGACGGUACUGAUGAGGGUAAAUUCUGUAAUUCGCAAUACAAAACAUGUUCAACUCAAGAAUUCACGUGCCAAAAUUUCAAAUGCAUCAGAAGUCAAUAUAGAUGCGACGGAGAAGAUGAUUGCGGUGACAGAUCUGAUGAAGUUGGUUGUAAGAAAGAGAAUGCAACUUGUGCUGACCCUACACAAUUCCAGUGUCAGAAUGGUCAAUGUAUUGAUUACCAUCUCGUUUGCAAUAAAGUUUCAGACUGUAAGGAUGAUUCCGAUGAGCCUCUUCACUGUAACGUCGAUGAAUGUGCCAAAGUAGAAAUACAUCAGUGCGGCCAUAAAUGUGUCGAUACUUUAACGAGCUAUUACUGCGAUUGUAAUCAAGGUUAUAAACUAUUAAGCGACGGUAAAGCUUGUGCCGAUAUCGACGAAUGCCUUGAAACGCCUGGAGUUUGUUCACAGCAUUGUUCAAAUACUCCUGGUGGUUUCUACUGCAAAUGUGAUGAAAGAUACUAUGAACGUCAGUUAGAUGAACAUACUUGUAAGCGAAAAGACAACACAGAACCAUGGCUGAUAUUUACUAAUAAGUACUAUGUACGUAAUAUGUCGGUAGAUGCAACUAAAUAUAAUGUGAUGCACCAAGACUUAAUGAAUGUUGUGGCUGUAGAUUUUGACAACGCCGAUAAAAAAGUUUACUUCUGUGACGUCACGGCAAAAACAAUCUUUAGAUCAAACUAUUUCUCUGAAGUAUCUGAGAAAGAACCUAUUGUGCGACACGAUUCUCACGGUUUGGAAGGUAUAGCUAUCGAUUGGAUUGGUAGAAAAUUAUAUUGGUUGGAUCGGCAUUCGAAGAAUCUAGAUGUUGCAGAAUUAGAUGGCACCAGAAGGAAAACUUUGAAAACUGGUAUAGCGGAUCCUAGAGCUUUAGUUGUACAUCCUGGCACUGGAUACUUGUAUUUCACUUCAUGGCAUUUGCAAGCCUAUAUUGCCAAAAUGGGUAUGGAUGGAUCUAAUUUCACUAGAAUUCUAACAUGGGAAGAUGAUAUCGCUUGGCCAAAUGCUUUAACGAUCGAUUAUUUCACCGACAGAAUUUACUGGGCAGAUGCGCAUUUAGAUUAUAUAGCAUUUUCUGAUUUAGAAGGACGACAUCGACAUAUUGUUUUAUCUGGAAAUAAAGUUCCACAUGUAUUCGCUCUUUCAAUCUUUGACGAUACACUUUAUUGGACUGAUUGGAAUAUUAAAGCUAUUUUGAGUGCCAACAAAUUUAGUGGAGCUGAUUAUCGCAUUAUAAGAAAUACUACUCACCGACCCUAUGAUGUUCAUAUUGUUCAUCCUUUACGUCAAAUUACAUACACAAACCCUUGUGGUACUAACAAUGGAGGUUGCACGCAUUUGUGUUUGAUUUCACCGCCACUUGAAUCCAGCUAUUUGAACGUCGAGGGCUACACUGAGGAUGGUGCCACAGGAUAUAGAUGUGCAUGUCCGAACCAAUUUUACUUGGCGAGAGAUAUGAAGACAUGCAUUGCCAAUUGCACAGAAGGACAGCAUAGAUGCGGCGGCAAUGAUGAAAAAUGUAUACCGUGGUUCUGGAAAUGUGAUGGUGAAAAGGACUGUCGCGACGGUUCGGAUGAGCCGUCUACUUGCCCAGCUCGUACAUGCCGAUCUGGUUCCUUCCAGUGUCGGAAUGGCAAUUGCACGCCCUCAGUAACAAUUUGCGAUGGCGCUGAUGAUUGUGGUGAUUCUUCUGACGAACAACAUUGUGACUUACCUUGUCCAGAACAUGAAUUUAAAUGCAAAUCCAGUGGACGUUGCGUAUUAGACAGCUGGCGUUGUGACGGAGAUGCUGAUUGUAAGGAUGGCAGUGAUGAAGAUCCGGCUAUGUGUCACAAGCGGGCUUGUGAUCCAGAUACUGAAUUUUCAUGCAAAAAUGGCAGAUGUAUUCCUAAACUAUGGAUGUGUGAUUUUGAUAACGAUUGCGGUGAUGAUUCUGAUGAGCCUGCUUACAUGUGUCGUCAAAGAAAUUGUACAACUGGAUGGCAACGCUGCCCUGGUCAAUCAAAUUACAGAUGUAUUCCCAAAUGGUUGUUCUGCGAUGGUAAGGAUGAUUGCCGCGACAAUAGCGACGAGUUACCAGCCAAUUGCCCUGCUUGCAAUUCUGAAACUGAUUUCAAAUGUGCUAAUAACCGAUGUAUUCCCAAGCAAUGGUUGUGUGAUUUUGCUGAUGAUUGUGGUGAUGGCUCGGAUGAAACUGAAGCACGUUGCACUGGUAAAUACCGUGAUUGUUCUGAGAGUGAAUUCAAGUGCGGAAAUGGAAAAUGUAUUUCUGCAAGGUGGCGAUGCGAUCACGAAGAUGACUGUGGAGAUGAUACUGACGAACAGGGUUGUAUGGGCUAUCAAUGUAAGAAUGGUACCUUCCAAUGUGCCAGUGGUCACUGUGUCGCCUCACACUUCCGCUGCGACGGAGACAAAGAUUGUCGUGAUAUGUCAGACGAGAUAGACUGCCCAGCCCGAUAUCCAGGCGGAAGAUAUUGUCCAGAAUCAAAAUAUCAAUGCGCGAAUAAAUUGUGUGUUUCCCAAGCUGAUCUUUGUGACGGAACUGAUGACUGCGGUGAUGGAAGUGAUGAGUUGCAGGAUAUGUGCACCAACUUUACUUGUGAUACCCUUCGCAGAUUCCAAUGCGAUAAUCACAGAUGUGUAGCAAGAUAUCAACUAUGUGAUGGUGUGGACAACUGCGGUGAUGGAAGUGACGAAAAUAAUAUGACACUUUGUUCUGCUCGACCCAAACCUUGUGAUCCUUACGCACAAUACCAAUGCGCCAAUAAGAAAUGUAUUGAUAAAACACAGGUAUGUGAUUUUGCGGACGAUUGCGGCGAUUCAUCCGAUGAAUUAGGUUGUCACCACGUCAAGAGUUGCAGCUCAGAGCCUGGUUCAGAUAGAGGCGGUUGUGAACAGCACUGUAUUAAUCUUACUGAUGGAGGAUACAUUUGUGCAUGCUAUCCUGGCUUCAUAAUAUCUCCAGAGAACCGUAAAAAAUGCGAAGACGUUGAUGAGUGUGCAACUGGUGCCCACCAUUGCUCACAAAUCUGUUCAAAUCUCAACGGUACAUUUGCAUGUUCGUGCGCCCCUGGUUUUAGAUUGCAAGACGGUACUUCGGGUGUUUGCAAAAGUGAGGAGAAGCAAGGCGUUUCUUUGGUGUUUGCCAAUGGACCGGAAAUCAGAACAUACAGCUUUAGAGAAAGAGAUGAAGUUGAAGUCAUUGACUCCGAAAAACGCAUUGAAGCUUUGGAUUAUGCACCAGAUACGCAAAUUGUCUUCUGGGCUGACAGCUACGACAAAACUAUAAAACGAUCGUACAUGGUAAAUGCACAAGACGGACGCGCUAAAUCCGGUCACGCUCAAGAUUUGGAUAUGAAAGGUGGUUCCAAACCAACAGCUCUCGCCAUCGAUUGGGUCGCCGAUAAUUUAUACUGGACUGAAACUGACAGUCGUUCUGGAUCGAAACCACGCGGUCGUGUGAUGGUAGCUAAAACUGAUGGCAGAUAUCGUAGGGCACUUGUAAGUGCAGGACUCGAAAGUCCGACUUCUGUUGCUUUAAAUCCACAACUUGGAAGAAUGUUCUGGGCAGAUGCAGGAUCAGCUCCUAAGAUCGAAGUGUCAUGGAUGGAUGGAUCAAAACGUAGACCCCUUAUUACUGAGGCCAUAAGGCAUCCAGCUGGCUUGGCAAUAGAUUAUAAUAUGGACAACUCUGUGUACUGGGUGGAUACGAAAUUGAAUACAAUUGAGGUAAUGAAACCAGAUGGAUCGCAAAGAAGAACGAUAUUAAAGGGCGAAGCAUUACGCCAUCCUAUUUCCUUAGAUGUAUUUGAGUCAACUUUAUAUUGGGUAACAAGAGAUACUGGAGAGUUGUUGCAACAAGAUAAAUUUGGAAGAGGCGUGUCGGUUGUUGUUGCUAAAGACUUGGUCAAUCCAAGCAGUGUGAAAGUUUACCAUGCUGCUCGCUACAAUACAUCAUUGCACAAUCCUUGUCAUUCGAGUGCCUGCUCGCAUUUAUGUCUCCUAGUACCAGGAGGUAGGCGUUGCGCUUGUCCGGAUAACACUGCCCAACCGCCGUCUCACAGGACAACAGCUGAAGUUAUUUGUGAUGCAGCUGCGGAAAGGCCUCGUCCAGCACCCCGUAUUUGUCCAUGCCAAAACGGUGGUCAUUGUGUAGAACCGAAUAACACAGAACACAGCUCGCAGUCAGAAGCUGGUUGGAAUCCUUUGUGUGUUUGCGCACCUGGUUUCAGUGGUCUACAUUGUGAGGAAUACGCCGCACGCUCUUUGGCUGCUGGAUCAGCUAAUGCUGCCGCCAUUGUGAUACCGAUAGUAGUAAUACUGCUCGUUUUUGGUGCAGCAGCUGGCACUUGGUUCGUUCUCCGAAAGAGGCCAUUUGGAAAAGGCUUUGGUAGCGGUUUGAGUAGCCUCUCACCAACUCAGAGCGUCAGCUUCCGUCAUUCAGGCAACAACAUCGAAUUCGGUCCAAAUCCAGGAAGUGGAAGUGGAGGUCCUGAACCGUUAGAUGCCGCUACUGCUUAUACGUUAGACACAAUGAACGGCGGUAAAUCUAGAGACUUUUCUAACCCGAUGUAUGACGCUGUCCAGGCUGGAGCAAAUCCACCAGAAGCUCCCAGCAUAGGAAAUGGAUCAGGAAUAUACGAAGUGCCUGUGGAUAAGAGCAAAUUAAAGAGUACAUUCAGAGAAACAGUUUCUGCAAUACUCGCGCCUUCAUCGAUGACUCAUAAGACAUCACCUCAACUUCAAGUUAGACAUCGAGAGUUGGAUCCAUCCAAUAUUGAUACCGGCAAAGAUACGCAGCAUUUGGUCGAAGAAGAUCAUUCGGAAUGCUGAUAUUAACUUGACUAUUGUAAGGUGAGGUUCACAGAAAGGUAACAUUAGUAGGGUUACAUUAGAAGUAAUAAACCACGGUAUAUUAAUUUAUCAAACAACCGUUAUAAUCAUGUUAUAAAAAUGAAAUGAGGAUAGCAAUCUCAGAUAACAAGAACUCAAACGUCUGCAGUGAUGCGGCAGUGUUUUUGAAAUUAUGAAUUUAUAAGGGUGUAUAGACGACUUAUACAUGCAUUUGAAAAGUUUCCAUGCAACUAAGUAUUAAGUUUAUUUUAGAUGUUACAAUCGAACUAGUAUUGUAUUAUAAGUUCUAUGUCAUUCCUACUUAAGUAUUAUCAAUAGUAUUAAAUUAAGAAAGUUGCCGAAAUUCAAUAUUUAAAAUUUGUAUUCAUAACGCACAUUGAAACUUGUUAUUUUGUGAUUGUGAUAACCUGCAGAUACUUGUAAUUUUAAUCCGUGUGACUUUUUAAAUUCAAAAUACGUAGUGUUUAAAUUUUAAAUAUUGUGACAAGUCAUAUAAUGA